AUGAAGACGGCCAGGAGUUUCCGCAUCCUUGUUGCGCUAUCAACGGUAGCCAGCAGCUUGGGAGCGACCAAUUCUUCUGUUGGAUACAACUCAAGUGUUUCAGAAUCUCCUCCUGCGCCAAUCUUGGGAGAUGGAACCAUCGAUCUCGGCAUCGCGACGCCUGCCUUCGAGAAGGCCAAAGCUCUUGUUGCAGGAAUGACAAAUGCCCAGAAAGUCAAAGUCAUCACCGGGCAGAGUGUAACAGGCGGUAAUGGGACUUGGACCGCCUUGAGCUCAAAGGAUGGCGUUGCCGGUGUAAAUCAAAAUUUCUUUGUUUCAGGCUUUGCCUCCCCCAAUGCGGCAACUAUGACAUGGAAUCGCACUUUAUACGAGGAGCAUUCCAAAGCCAUUGGCGAGGAGUUCUAUGGGUCUGGGUUUAACCUCAUGAUGGGCCCUGUUGCUAGUCCCCUAGGCCGUGAUCCUUACGGUGGCAGAUUGCCAGAAGGAUUUUCUCCCGAACCGUACUUAUCUGGUAUCAUGAUGGGCAAGGCCACAUCUGGCAUAAAUUCCGCUGGCAUAGUGACAGUAGGUCGCCACUACCUUUUGAACGAACAGGAGACAAAUCGAAUGAACGGUGGAUACUCUGCAAAUGCCAACGACAAGACCAUUAGCGAAGUGUAUCUCUGGCCUUUUGCUGACGCCGUUUACGCCGGUCUGAUGGGAGUCAUGUGUGGUAUGAACAAGGCCAAUGGGAGCUUCGCGUGUGAAAGCGACAAGCUCCUCAACGGGUAUCUGAAAACGAACAUUGGCUUCCCGGGCCUUGUCACUCCCGAUGUGGCAUCGCAGCAUACUGCGUUGGGUUCCGCAAACGCUGGUCUCGACAAAGGUCAAACUGGUUUGUGGAAUGAGGCCACUAUUUUGAAAGGAAUUUCUAGUGGUGAGCUUUCUCAAGCGCGUCUUGACGACAUGGCGAUUCGCAACAUCAUCGGUUACUUUCAUGUUGGUCUGGACAACGGUGCGCAGCCUAAGACUGGUUCAUCUUUGUCCAACCGCAACGUUCGUGGUAACCAUGCGGCCAUCAUUAGACAGGUCGGGCAAGAGGCUAUGGUGCUACUGAAGAACGAUGUCUCUGGUGGUGGUGGAUUGCCUCUGAACAAGCCACAGACCGUGGCUCUAUUUGGUUCCCACGCCGGCCCCUGCAUGGCAGGACCAAAUCAAGGCUUCUCUGUGGCUGGAACGCCCAGUGAUAUUUACCAAGGCCAUCUAUCGACUAGUUGUGGUUCGGGCGAUGCAUCAUUGCCCUACCUUAUCACACCUUACGAAGUCAUCAAUCUCCGAGUCUCCGACGAGGGCGGGAUGGUUUGGUGGGUCAUGAACAAUACAUAUACCCCAAGCUCUUUUAGCGGUAUUCCUGGCGGCGGCGGGUUCCCUGGAGGUAACCUAGGUAACUCCUCCAUCGUGACUCGCCAAGGGCCUGGAGGAGGCGGUGGCUUCCCCGGCGGUGGUUUCAACUCAGGGACAGGUUCCACCCCGUCGAUCGAAAACUAUUCCGAGAACGCAGAGGUCUGCAUCGUUUUCAUCAACUCUUGGUCGGGCGAAGGUGCUGACCGCAAAGAGCUUUCGAACACCGACCAAGACAAGCUAGUCAAUACCGUGGCUGAGAGUUGCAACAAUACCAUUGUUGUUGGAAAUUUUGCAGGCCCUCGGGUCUUGGAUUCCUGGAUCGAAAAUAAGAAUGUCAAGGCCGUCCUCUAUUCUGGUCUUCUUGGCCAAGAAAGCGGACGAGCUAUCUCAGACGUUCUAUUUGGCGACGUUAACCCCAGUGGGAAACUUACACAUACUAUCGCAAAGAACGCGUCUGAUUAUCCGGCUCCCACCUGCCUUACUACACAGUGUAAUUACACUGAUGGCGUUUACCUCGACUACCGAUAUUUCCAAGCUCAUGACGUGGAAGUACGCUAUCCAUUCGGGCACGGUUUGAGUUACACCACAUUCACGUACGGCGAUGUGACUGCUACAAUCACCAACCAAUCUGCUGUUGCUUCUCGGUACCCGACUGGGCAUCUUACUCUUGGAGGGCAAGCUGGUUUGUUCGAUGAGGUCAUCUCGGUCCAGACUACAGUCACGAACUCGGGUACUGUGGAUGGUGCCGAAGUUGCCCAGUUAUACAUCAGCUUUCCUGAGGGGGCGGCACAGCCACCCAGUGUUUUGCGAGGCUUCGAAAAGGUCACUGUCCCCACUGGCCAGAGCGUCGACGUCACCUUCAGCGUCAGACGAAGGGAUAUCAGCCACUGGGAUAAUGUCGCUCAGAAAUGGGCUAUUGAGACGGGCGAGUACACUCUUGCCGUCGGGUCGUCUUCCGAAGACAUCAGAGGAAACACAACCUUGACAAUCUAG